AUGGAAGAUGACCAAAAGGAGCUACAUUUUCUGUCUACUGACCAAAAUGCAGCAAAUUCGUCUUCGUGGCCAUCAGAUUCGUCGGGUAACAUGGAAUCAAUUGAACCUCCUUCGUUAGACCUACAACUGUCAAUCAGCGUACGACGACCAAUAAAACCACCAUCACAUCAUAAUCAAGGUAUCUUAAUUCGACCUGCAAUUAACCACGAUCACAAUCACUACAGUACCGAUGUGCGGUUCGACUCGGGCUACGUUGAAGCGCUUAAAUGGCAAGCCGCGGAGCAAAUCCGGCUAGCAGCCAUUGAAAAAGCGUACGCCGAACGUGUUAGGGAGCUUACAAGAAGAGAAAUAGAGAUGGCUCAGUCGGAAUUCGCACGUGCGAGGAGUAUGUGGGAAAGGGCAAAAGAGGAAGUUGAAAGAGCAGAAAAGUUGAAAGAAAGAGCAACUCGUAGGAUUGAUCCUACGUGCAUGGAAGUUACUUGCCAGUCUUGCAGUCAAAAAUUUCGACCUCAUUAAAUCAUUAUUA